CCAUUCAAACCAAACAUUCAACUUUCCCUCACAAUAUUUUUUAUAUUAAAAAAAUUCAUGGGUUUCUCAGGUUCCCUUUUCUAGUUUUUGAUCCAUUGGAGGAUCUUCUAUUGUUUUUGUUAUUUUAGGUGGUUUCGGGUUUUGUUGUGGAUUAGUGACAUCUUGUUGUUGAGAAUUUCCUUGACAAUUGGGUACAUUUUGCUAUGUUGUUGUUGUUUUUGAGGGCUCUUAAUAGAGUUGUUUUUGGAUUAACUAGUGAGAAGUUGUGAAGAAGAGAGGGUAAUUUGGAGUACUUUACCAAUCUAUGGUUCUGGCAGAUGAAGAAUUAUGUCUGAAAGUUGAAUUGGUCAAACAAAUACAACUUCAGUGAAAUGUCUUGUCAACGGCAUUUCUCGAUUCAUUCAUCUAGUUUCUUGCCAAACAGUGAAACCAAUGCCCCUUCAGAAGAAUUGUAAUAACAUGGUUGGUGUUUUGAAGCGUUUGAAACCAAUGCUCAAUGAUAUUGUGGAUAACAAAAUCACUUUGGAUGAAAAUCUGUACAGAGAAUGUGAAGAAUUGGAUAUGUGGGUUAACGAAACUAGGGAGUUUAUUGAAAAAUGGGGCCCAAAGAUGAGCAAGAUUCACAGUGUUCUUCAAAGUGGGGAAUUGUUGAUUAAGAUACAAAACUCUUCACUCAAGAUUUGUCAUAUGAUAGUUAGAUCCCUAAAGUCACCUGCAUCUGUUUCAAUUUUGGCUAAUCUUCAGCACUAUAUUCAGGAACUUCAAUGUCUUGAGAAGGAUCCUGCAAUGGUCUAUAUAGAAGAAGCAUUGAGAAAUCAAAGGGAUAAUAUUCAACCUUUCUAUGAUCAUCUAAAGGAAAUUAUAGGGUUACUCAAAUUUACAUCAAACGAGGAGCUCCUGAAAGAAAGUAUUGCCGUGGAAAUGGAAAGGUCAAAUGCUGAAGUCAAUAAAACAAAAGGGGACUUGGAUGAAAUUAACCAAAUUGUGAAUCUUGUGUGCAAUUUGCGUGAUUAUGUAAUGAAAAUUGAGCAGUCUGAAGUCAAAAGUGGUGUCUUAAUUCCCCCGUACUUUCGAUGUCCUUUAUCAUUGGAAAUUAUGUUGGAUCCUGUUAUUGUGGCUUCAGGUCAGACAUAUGAGAGGCAAUCCAUUCAAAAGUGGCUUGAUCAUGGGCUAACUGUUUGCCCCAACACUCAUCAGAGACUUUUCCAUACCAAUCUCAUUCCCAAUUAUACUGUAAAAGCUAUGAUAGCAAAUUGGUGUGAGGAAAAUAAUGUCAAACUUCCCAGUAACUCUAAGCACAGUAAUUCUGCUCAUAUUUCAUCCCCCUCAGAUCAUUUAUUACAUCAAGAAUUAGAUUGUGUGUGUAGCUUUGAGUCUUCAGAUAGUAGCAUUUCCAAUUUAGAUCAAACUGGAACUGCAUUUGAGAAGCAAAAGGAUGAUAACUCUUUCAGAUCAAACAAGAAAUCCAAUGGAUGCCAGAAUGAAGAGACAGAAAAGUCUGAGCAACAAUCCCCUGCACCUUCAUGUAGUAACAGCAGAAGCGAAUCAUUUUCAAGUUCUAUUUCUAGUACCGAUUAUGUACUUCCAGUUUCAAAAGAGGUGUCAAGCAUAUCUAAUAAGCAUCAAAAUGUAGAGUUGUCUGGAGAAAUUACUAAUGGGUGUCCUACUUCUCCUGCAUAUAAGGAAUUUGGGAUUUAUCCUUGGUCAUCUGGAAAGCAAUUUGAUAGCCCUGGAUCAAAAAUUGGAAGAAUGGAGAAUGAAAAUAAGUAUAAUGAGAAUAACAAUAAUACAAUCAUUACUAGUCAUUUGAAAGUUGAUUCCCAUCCUAUUUCCAACUUAGGAUCUGACGAGUUGAUCACUGCAUCCCAUGUCAAUGAGUUGAUUGAAGACCUCCAGUGUCAAUUGAUUGAAACACAAACUGCUGCUGCAGAAAAAUUGAGGCUCUAUACCAAGCAUAACAUGGAGAAUCGUAUCAUUGUAGGGCAGUGCGGAGCAAUUAUGCCUUUACUUUCACUGUUAUAUUCAGACAUGAAGAUAACACAAGAGCAUGCUGUGACAGCUCUAUUGAAUUUGUCAAUUUAUGAUAACAACAAAGCCUUGAUUAUGGAAGCAGGUGCCAUAGAAUCAUUUAUACAUGUUUUGCAGACAGGAAAUGAUGGUGCCAAGGAGAAUUCUGCAGCUGCUUUGUUCAGCCUCUCUGUCAUGGAUAAGAAUAAGGCAAAAAUUGGCCGUUCUGGUGCAGUUAAAGCUUUGGUGGAUCUUCUAGCCUCUGGAACUCUUAGGGGAAAGAAGGAUGCUGCAACUGCCUUAUUCAACCUAUCAAUAUUCCAUGAGAAUAAAGCACGUAUAGUUCAAGCUGGAGCCGUGAAGUUUCUGGUUCUGUUAUUGGACCCUGCUGAUGGAAUGGUUGACAAAGCUGUUGCUCUUUUGGCAAACCUGUCAACAAUUGUGGAGGGCCGAUUAGAAAUUGCAAGGGAAGGGGGCAUUCCCUUACUUGUUGAAAUUGUUGAAUCAGGUUCUCAGAGGGGAAAGGAAAAUGCUGCUUCCAUCCUCUUGCAACUAUGUUUUCAUAGUCGAAAGUUUUGUACCCUGAUUCUCCAAGAAGGCGCUGUACCUCCCCUGGUUGCAUUAUCUCAGUCUGGUACUCCAAGAGCAAAGGAAAAGGCACAACAGCUUCUCAGUCAUUUUCGGAAUCAGCGUGAAGGAGCCAUGGGGAAGGGGAAAUCAUGAAAAUUUGAAAAUAGACAGUUUUGUUUAUUUCAUUGCCCUUUUGCAUCAGUAAAUCCAUAGUCUAUGUCUGCUGUUGAGGACUUUAGGACUCCUUCAAUCAUUUUUUUUUUUUUAAUUCUUUCUAAAUGUAUCAUCUGUGUCUUAGUGAGAAACAUUUUUGUCUUCCCCCUCCUUUUUGUUCUGUUGGAUGUAGUGGCUUGGUUUCUUUCUAGUAGAAGUCUGUUUUUAAGAGAAGGUAAACUAUUUCUGAAGCUUUAAGCUUGGCGAGAUUUAAACAUAAAACACUGUUUUGUUGGAGUCUCGAGUCAUAACUGAUGCGAUUGGAAGUCGCUGUUGUACAUAUUUGUACAUAUGGUAUAAAAUCUUGUGGUGUACCAUAAAUUAUUGUACCUUA